AUGAACAAUUGGGAGUUAAGACAAUUAGAUGUCAAAAAUGCAUUUCUGCAUGGGGAUCUUAAGGAAGAAGUCUAUAUGCACCAACCUCAAGGUUUCACUGAUCCUGUUCAUCCUGAGUAUGUUUGUCACUUGAAAAAAUCUUUUUAUGGAUUGAAGCAGGCUCCUCGUGCUUGGAAUGAAAAAAUCACUAGCUUUCUUCCUGCACUAGGAUUUAAAUUCUCUCAUUCUGAUCCUAGUUUGUUUGUGAAAACCACUGAUCAUGGUGUGGUGGCUUUGCUAUUGUAUGUGGAUGAUCUUGUUAUAACAGGAUCAGAUAAACUUGGAAUUACAUCUAUCAUUUCUGAGUUAAGUGAUGUGUUUGACAUGAAAGAUCUUGGUCCAUUGUCAUUCUUUUUGGGAAUUGAAAUCAGGUAUAAACAGAAAGGACUCUUCUUGUCUCAAGAAAAGUAUGCCAAGGAGCUUAUUCAGAAGGCUGGUCCUGAAACCUGUAGAGACUGCAAUACACCAUGUUUACCUCAUGCUCAGUUGCUUAAAGAUGAAGGAACAAUUCUGUCUAAUCCUACUCUUUAUAGGAGCAUUGUUGGUGGUAUGCAAUAUCUUACUUUUACAAGACCAGACAUUGCUUAUGCUGUAAACAUAGUAUGUCAAUUCAUGUCUUUCCCAACUGAUGCACAUUUUGCUUCAGUAAAGAGAAUUCUGAGAUAUCUUCAAGGAACUAUCAAUCAUGGCUUGUUUUAUAAAUAUGGAAAAUCUCCUACUUAUAUUACAGGCUACUGUGAUGCAGAUUGGGUUGGAGAAAUAAAUCAAAGAAGGUCUCCUACUGGUUUCAUAUUCUAUCUUGGACAUUGUCCAGUGUCCUGGCAAUCUAAAAAGCAAGGAUUUGUCUCCAGGAGUUCUACUAAGGCUGAGUAUAGAUCACUUGCUAAUACUGCUGCUGAGAUAUCAUGGAUGAGACACAUGCUUUGUGACCUACACAUCAGGAUACCUGCACCUCCUUUACUCAAGUCUGAUAACAUGUCUGCAAUUGCAUUAUGCUCCAAUCCUGGAUUCAUUCCAGGAUCAAACAUCUUGACAAUGACUUUCACUUUGUCAGAGAACGUGUUCAAAGACAUGACUUGCUGCUUCAGUAUGUCCCUACAUCUCAACAAACUGCUGAUGUCUUCACAAAAGGAUUGCAUAGUCCUGUGUUCAAGGAGCAUUGUACCAAUCUCAGUGUGAUGAGCCCCACUAAGAUUGAGGGGAGGUGUUAACCGAGUCAACCAUUUUCUCUAGCUUUCCUUAGUCAAAGUUGGCAGCUACUAUAGUCACUAUGCUGAUGUGGAUUUAUACAUGGUUUUGAUUUUUUACAGCCUGUAAUAGAAUACGUAAUUAGGAAAGUUAGUUAGGGUUUGAUUUCGGUUGACUACU